UGCCACAGAUGGAUUUAAUUAGGAAACUCCGUUACAUCGUCAUUAUUCUUCGUCCGCAAGUGUGGUUUUGAAUUCAGUGACCAAGUAAGAAAAAAAUGAAUGCCAUCUUCUUCAUACUUUUGCUGAUAUCUUCAAGACCAUCGUCGGAGACGGAAGAGAAUUCGUCACAAUUAGAAAAUGCUUCAGAUCUCGAGCAGAACAACUCCGAGUUGGAUGUGGCUUCGUCGAGAUGGUCGGAGUGGUCAGAAUGGUCUCCCUGUUCACGAUCCUGCGACGGAGGGGUAGCGCGUCAAUUUAGAAAAUGCCAGGCGUUAAAAUGCAGAGGAGAGUACGUCCGUUAUAAAAUAUGCAACAUGCAGCUCUGUCCGGUGUUCCGAGAUUUCCGCGAGGAACAAUGUGGAGCUUUCAACAGCGUUUUAUAUCAAGGAUCUCUAUUCCUGUGGUCGGCGGAGUAUGACGAACGAAAUCCUUGCUCAUUGACUUGUAGAGGGAAGGCUUCCUUUAGCAACGAUCUAGAAGGAAACGAGCCACUUGUGGUUGUGGCACAAUUAAAUGAUAAAGUAGAAGAUGGUACUAGAUGUCGACAAGGCAGCUUGGAUAUGUGCAUCGAUGGAAAAUGUCUGAGAGUAGGAUGUGACCUAAGGAUAGGAUCGACCCUGCAGGUAGAUUCUUGCGGAAAUUGCGGCGGCGACGGUUCCUCCUGCUCUCAACCACUUUAUCAUUGGACCUUAAAAUCGGUUUCUUUGUGCUCCGUCACCUGCGGUGGAGGUUACAAGAUGUCGCGACCCGUUUGCCAGAAUAUUUUGACUGGAAUGGAGGUCGAGGAGCAAUUAUGUAAUGAUUCGUUAAAGCCGGAUACGACCGUUGUCGAAUGCAAUAUUCACAAUUGCCCGCCGAGGUGGCAUACGACUGAUUGGGGGGCGUGCUCGGCCACUUGCGGCGGCGGCACUCGUUUUCGGCAAGUCUAUUGCGUCGAAGAUCGUGGAAAUAAAACCAAAGUAAAGGUUAGCGAGCAAAAAUGUCCAGGGCGGAAACCUAGAUACCAGGAACCAUGCAACCAGAUGGUGUGUCCGAAGUGGCAUACACUACCUUGGUCUGGGUGCUCCGUUUCCUGUGGCGAGGGUAUGCAGGUGCGGGUGGUGGAAUGUAGGAACGCCGACGAUUUUCCAAGUUCGUUUUGCCCCAUAAUCGACGAGCCCGUUUCCACAAAAGCAUGUUCGACAGGCAUACAAUGCCCCCACUUUUUCGACAGCGUUGAAGAGUUACUUCCUGGUCUUUACCACACGCAGCCACUAAUUCAACCAUACCCGCCUCCGCCGCCAGCUCAUGCUGAAAAGCUCAUAGGAGAGCAAGUGAUACCUUCCGAAAGCACGUUUAUCGCAGACGAGUGGGGCCCAUGUAGCGUUUCGUGCGGAGAUGGAAUUAGAAAAAGAGAAGUGCAUUGUAAAAUAUUUUUGGAAUUUUCGCGUACAAUCGCGAAGCUUCCGGAUUCUCAGUGCAGUGGACCCAAGCCGGUAGUUACAGAGAGGUGUUUCAUGGAACCGUGUUCUUCCGAGCGAAUUGACAUUAAAGACGAUCCUUAUCGUGCGGACAUGCCAAUUAAAGUGGGUAGUGGUUCUCCCGGUACGACUUACACGUGGAAAGAGCAAGGGUAUACGCACUGUAGUGCGUCGUGCCUUGGUGGUGUACAAGAACUGAUAGUGAACUGCGUCAGGGACGAUACGCAAAAAGUGACGUCGCCGUAUAUGUGCCCUAGGGAAUUUAAACCUGAGGUUUUGGUACGGACUUGUAACGAUCAUCCUUGUCCACCGAGGUGGAAUUACUCUGACUUUCAGCCAUGCACACAGUCGUGUGGUAUUGGGAUUCAAACCAGAGAAGUCACGUGUAUACAUGAAGUAACGCAAGGGGGAGGUAACACAGUCAUAGUACCCAGUAAUAUGUGCCCGCAGCCACCUCCCCCAGAUAGGCAAAAUUGCAAUGUCUUAGACUGUCCUGUACGCUGGAAGCUUACGGAGUGGUCCAAAUGUACUAAGAAUUGUGGUGGAGGUGAAAAGACGCGGAAGGUCGAGUGUAAACAAGUUAUGGCGCAGAAUCACACUGUCGACCGACCUGCCAGCAUGUGUCCAACUCCGAAACCGCCCGAUAAAAAACCGUGCAACACUAAAAGCUGUGUUCUCGAAACUGACAAACCACAAAUAGAGGUAUCAAACAGCACAUUCAUUCAGCAUGACCCUAAGAAGAAGAAGGUCUCAUUAAAAGUCGGAGGCGCAGCCACAAUUUUUUACGGAUCUAUGAUUAAAAUUAAAUGCCCCGUCAAGAGGUUUAAUCGUACCAAAAUUCAGUGGGUGAAAGAUCACUCUUACCUUCCAAAAGUAAAGAAAUAUAAAGUCUCCAAAAAAGGCGCAUUGAGGAUAUUAAAUUUAACGUAUAAAGAUAGCGGAAUAUACACUUGCAUGGCUGGGAAAUCGUCCGCGGAUUUGGCCUUGUCCGUGAAACCUCGUCCCGGUGAGUUUCCCACAUCAGAAGAAAUUCAAAAACAGGCCGGUUACAAGAACAGCCACAGGAUCGAUUUGGCAAUUUCCGACAUUCAAGCUGGUCGCGAUGAGCUCAAUCCCGUCUUCGGUAAUGACGACCACUCGCACGAGCAGAAGCCCGACAAGCCCAAGAAGAAUACAACACCACGAACUCGGAUCAUUCUCCCCACACAGUCGACGCGCAAGGGCACAUCGAACGUGGGCAACUUGAACGCACUACCCGCUCAAAGCACGACUUUGGUUUCCGAGAAUGAUCAGAGUCGGAUUGUACCGUCGAACUUUCCUUCUUCUUCUGAUUCGCUAAAACCCGCCGCCUCUAGCUCUGGGACUAGAAUUAUUCCGCACUUUCAGCAAUUAAUUUCUAACAUACAGCACUUAUGGCCAUUUCAGACGUUCACCAAUAGCCGAGGUCACCGGAUGGUGACCGAAUCUUCUAGCCAUCCGUAUUUUGACGAGCCCAGCAUAGCGGACUCGACGGAAGAUGACUACGGUUCCGUCGUGAUAUUGGGCAAAGGCACGCCGGAUAGCGUCAGAUUUGAGUGGUCCGCAAGUGAAUGGUCGAAAUGUUCGCAGGCCUGUGGCGAGGGAUUUCAGAUGCGAGAGGUGAAGUGCAUGGUUUUACUGCACAACACGUCUCAAGAAGUCGAAAACAACUUUUGCGAAGAUGCGGGGUUACCAGUUCCGGCCAAUGUCGAAAAGUGCGAGGUGAACGAUUGCGCUCAGUGGAUCACAUCUGAUUGGUCGGCAUGUCAUACUUCCAAGUGUUUAACUCUGAACACAGCGAUUCAAAGGAGAAAAGUCAUCUGCCAAAAUAGCAAGAAUGAAACGUUCGACGCUUCUAGGUGUAACGCUGCCAAUAAGCCUCCCCAUAGGCAAGAAUGUUUUAAGAGUACGUGUCGACCUCUUUGGAGAGCAGGGGCAUGGUCACAGUGCUCAGCGAACUGUGACACGCGCAGUGUUAAAUAUCGGGUACUUCAGUGCGUUUGGCAAGGUACCAAACGUUCGGCUGGAUCGGCGUGCCACAACCAAGAUCGUCCUCCAGUUACGAAAAGUUGCGUCGGCCCACCGUGUAUAUUUAAAAAUAGUAAAGAAGUAUGUUACGAUCGUUCCAGAUACUGCGAAAAUGUUAAACUAAUGGACUUGUGUAAUGAUUUAAAAUAUCAACAUCAAUGCUGUUACACGUGUAAAGCGCAGUAGAUAACUCCUAUUAAAUAAAUUUUUUACAAAUUUUGACGUAGGUAAUUAAUAUUUAUUGAGAAAGAAGGUUGAAACUGUAGACACUUGUUAGUACCUCUUAGCCAACAAUAUUCAGAUUUGAUCUCUAUAUAUACUGAAGACUGAUGCUUUUUGUUACAAUUCUGUUACCUUUACGACAUAUGCAUAGAUAACUAAAUGUUAUAGGAUAGAUAUGUUGUGAAAAUGAAAAUGUGAAAUGAAAAGAGAAAUGUUAUUAACUUAGAUAAUGAAAUUGCUAGAAAAUGUGAUGUUCUAUGAAGCACUUAAUUGCUUUAUUGUUAUUUUAAUGUGUACAUUAUGUAUUUGUUAUCUAUCAUGGCUUCAAGUGAAAGUCUCCAACCAAGUAGGGAAAUAACUAACGUUUGUAUAUAAGUAAAUAUUUUAUUUUUACUAUUUUAAAUUAUAAGCUGUACAGUACGAUUAAGCGAUAAAAUGAAUAUUGUA